CAUCCCUGGGCGUGAUUGAAGACGGGCGAAUGUACAGCAUGGAGCCACGUCGAGUAUUUUCCGGCCCCGGUUUUUCGCAUCUUUGACCCGUGCAGAAAAUGUGUUCGUGAUAAAAAUAAUUGUACGGUGUAGCGCAGUCAAUCGAGAACGUCUGUCUGUAAUUAGAUGAGAAGUUCCUGGGUAAACUUCGUCGAUAGAAACAGUAUUGGUAACGAGGAAAAUGCUUCCGCUUUCGCACAAAGACUCGAAGAAUCUUGGAAACCGGAUAAAGGAGAAGAUCCUGGGAUGGAAACGGUUGAUAUUCUCCGACAAGAACACCAGAAAUUUAUUUCUAUUCCUUAUAUUAAAUUUGUCGUUCGCGUGCGUGGAGCUGAUGUAUGGGAUAUGGACGAACAGCUUGGGUUUGAUAUCAGAUAGUUUCCACAUGUUCUUCGACUGUACUGGUCUCUUGUUCGGUCUGGCUGCGUCGGUUAUAACAAAGUGGAGGGCGAACGAAAGAUACUCCUAUGGCUACGUCAGAGCCGAGGUUCUAGGCGGUUUCGUCAACGCUCUACUCCUAUUUUUUAUCGCCCUGUUCAUUAUGUCGGAGGCCGUUGAGAGAUCCAUAGAACCUCCGGAAAUAAAACACGAACGGCUCUUGGUCGUGUCUAUACUAGGGUUGUUAGUCAAUUUGGUGGGAAUGUACGUGUUUCGGCAUGGGCAUGGACACAGCCAUGGCAUGGGUCAUGGUCAUUCCCAUUCUCAUUCGGGCAGCCACGCACAGUCCCACUUGAACCACAGCCACAGCCACAGCCACGACCAUCAUCACGAUAUAGAAAUUGAUCCCUCGUUCAGCGGUACCAAUUCUCAAAUUAUGAAAGGCGUCUUCUUGCAUAUCCUAGCGGAUACUCUAGGGUCCGUAGGCGUGAUCAUCUCGGCGAUACUGAUGCGUCUGUUCGGUUGGUUCAUCGCCGAUCCGAUCUGCUCGAUGCUGAUCGCAGUAUUGAUAGUUUUAAGUGUCGUCUCGCUGCUGAAAGACUCGUGGGAAAUACUGAUGCAAAGGCAGCCGGCCGUGUUGGAUCACGUCCUGCCGCAGUGUUACAAUAAGGUGACCCAAUUGGCCGGCGUCUACAGCGUUCAAGAGCCGCAUUUCUGGACGCUCUGCUCGGAUGUGUACGUGGGAUGCUUGAAACUGGAGGUGGCUCGAUCGGUCGAGCCGAAGUACGUCGUAGCGCACACCCAAAUGAUUUUCCAAGCGGCCGGCAUCAGGCAUCUGACCGUGCAAUUAGAUUACGCACCCAUGUGAUCGACGAGAGACACGAGCGUAAUCAAGUGUUCUUACAAGUGCUCCAAGACUGUAUUCAUCUGUGGAGUUUGCCAGAAACGAGCGAGGAACGUCGCGCUGGUGCAAAAUAUUAUUGCCAUUUUUAAAUUGUGCGGGAGCAUCAUUCCGAGUAACAGUGAAUAUCACUUUCGAUUACAGAUCAUUUAAAAUAUCUGUAUGGGUCUUAAGAAACAAACUGCGAUGAACCGUGACUCGGGAUAUCAAAUAUAUUCCUAAGGAUCAUCAAUCUCGUCGUCGAAUUAGCGCAUUUAACAAUUUGUAUUCUUCGCGGAUUUUAAUUCUGUCCUUGUACAUAUUAGAUAUUAGCCCAUCUGUAUCAGGUAAUUUAGUUCAAAACUUCAAUCCUGUACCAUUUGUUGAUCGAGAACCGUAAUGUUUUUUGUAUUAUCGUAUGGAAGCCUUUAUAUCGAAAUGCAUUUACAUUUUGAGAAACCGAAGGUGCGUUACAUUAUACUUUUUUACCCUUGCCGAGGCAGCAAACACUUUUUUUACAUCGCUUUUGUUAAUACGUUCGUUAGUACUUAAAAGACCAGUCUCGAACAUUGUGGUCAAACGUACGAACGAUUACACUUGGUGUGGCCAUAACUGAUUACGGAUAGCUCCGAGCAGCUAGUCGUUAUAAGAAGAUCGUGAAAUAUAAAUCGUAUAUAAAUACAGCUUGAAAAAUUGUAACGUAAACCCAUAUUCUUCCGUUUAGACGAAGCUGCGGUUUUCUGCCUGCGUAGGAACGCAAUGUACUCGUAUCUACAGAAUUUAAUUUACAAGUAGAUGAGUUCGAUUAAAAAUCCGAUCGUUAGCAGUAGAAGUCAAUUCAUUUAGCAUCUCAUCAAUUUCAUCAAAAAGAUUUGUAAGUGCGAACAUGACUAGGACAUUCCAUUAUUAUUACUGUAUACUUGAGAUUGUGAUGAUGCGAGCCAAACUUGUAGGGUAUCAAAAGAAACUAACUUUUUCUAGCAACGAUAUAGAAUCUUUCUAUUGAGAGGUAUUUUGUACGAUUGUUCGUACACACGCGAGGCGACCGAACUAUUUUUCAGACUACUUCUACGAAGAAGUGAUGCGAUUUCCGAGAUGAAAGUCAACAGUUGUUACGUUUUAUUAACAUGAUUGUAUAAACGGGGAAACAGGAAGAGUUCAUUACUUGCUCUCGACGUGAAUAGAGUGCAAAUAAUAAUAAAGAGAGAUACUUAUAUACCGAUA